AUGUUUGGAGGAAGCCAAGCUGCCGAUCGGAAAGACUGGAGAAGGAAAAGCGCAGACGAGCAGCUUCAAACCACCAAGACAAUGGGCAUGGUCUUCGAAUACAUUAAUCACCCAGAUGUAUGGGAGAAGUUCUGUGCCACAUACGAAGCCAUCUAUAACCGUCUAGGUGAAUUUGACGAGUACCACUCUCGGAAAGGCAACAGCUUCCCUGUAUUGCAAGACGAAUGGCCCAAGUAUAUCGAUGUUGUUCUCAAGUCCAUGGCCAAUCGGUCAAGGGGGACUCUCUCGUGGAUGUUCCAGCAGCGAGCAGAGAAGAAGAACAAGUUCUACAGUCUCAUCUGGGGAAUCAAUGUUGGCAAGAAUGUUCGCAAGAUCACCUUGCCUGGGAAGUGUCCUAAUCUGCCUCGGUCUUAG